GAAAGAGACCUGCAAACACGAACCAAAAAAUCCCCUCCAAUGGCUGCCAAGCUAAUAUUCAAAUCCAAAAUCUCUGUUUCUUAACAUCAAGCGCACCGUAAUUCUUAAUUUUAGAGAGCCCAAAUUUAUGUCUUUACCUCUUUAAUCAUGGAAUUCUCUUCUUCCCUCACAAACCGCCCCAAUUUUCUGACAUUUCCUUCUCUUCGUCUUUCACCCCUUUCCCACUCCAAACCCACCUGCAACCCACGAAACCCAAGUCACAGAACCUCCGAAUUUUUGCCGUUGCCGUCGCCCCUCAAGAACUCCCGAGGAGCAGCCCGCAGAGACUUCUCAAAGAGCUUGCGCAGCGUAAAACAGCCAUUGGUCCAAAGAAAAAUGUGCCUCCGAAAAGGUUCCCUUGUUGAGUUCUUGCUUGCUCUCUUUGCGGCCUAACAAUGCUGAUAAAAUGUGGAUGGACGAGUGCUUGCUUGAGGCCAAGCAAGCUCUGGGUUACCCUCGGAACCAUCUGAGCAACUGGGGGAUGAUAAUCCAGCCAAACAGUUUGAUUCUCUGAGGCAUUUGGCGUUUCAACACCCCUCGUGAGAGGACGAAUGCAAGGCAUGUGAAGUCGGCGCAUUCCUGGCUGUUGUUCUUUGGGCAGUAUGUGAUUGAAUUGGUGUUGAUGGAGUAUUUCUUGCAGAGGUACCCUAGGGAGUCUCCCGGACCAAUGAGGGAGAGGGUGUUUGCUUUGAUGGGGAAGAGGAACUUGCCUAAAUGGAUUAAAGCUGCUGGCUUGCAAAUUUUGAUAUUUCCUUAUGAUACUGUGGAUAAGUUGAUCAGAAAGGAAAAGGAACCACCUGUAAAGAAUAAGCUGAAAUUACGUAGGAUCUGUGUUGGCUUUCAUUGGCAUAUAAGAGACGUGAAAGGUUCCUGGGAUGCCAUGCUUAGGCGGCCAGGGUGUCAAUUUGCUAUAGGCAGUUCCACCUGAUUUAGACAUCUGAAAUAUGCAUAGCAGGUUACGCUUUUCUCAGAGGACAUUGUAUUGGCUUUUAUAGUAUCAAGAAGCAUAAGGCAAAUGAUAUAUUUUUCCAACUUCUUCUUUUUGUAACUUAUAUCUCUGCAGCACCAGUUUGUGCCCAGUAAACUUCCUUACUUGGCUAUAUAAACCAAGUAGCUCUAUCCUUUGUUGUAAAUUUCUGGAGUUAAGUUACUCAUUGCUUUUGAUUUGUUUCUUGUGGGAACUACUUAAUUCAUAACCCAAAUUGACUAUUAAAUUGGUGUUUUAUAUGCUCAGGUCUGUGUUUUGGGCUUUAUUUGGGGCAAAAUACUUGUGUUUUGGUAUUCCAGAAGUAUAUCAUGUUCUCUUUGAGGUAUUUGGGAUGGAUCUAGAAGCUGAGGACUGCUAACCACGGUUAAGGAGGCAACUUGAAGAUGUAGAUUAAGUUUAUGCUGAAUUAGAUGGCCAGAAGCUCAGCUGGCAAGAUGUAGCAACUUAUAAACCCCUGUAAGAUGCUCUCUUCACACACCCAAGCUAUUCAGGGCUUGUGUUCCCCCAGGUAUGCAUUGGUUCCAAGGAAAUAUCUGGGAUUAUGAAAGAAAACCUCAAGUUACGCGGACACUGGGAUAUCCCUUGGCAAUGAUUGACAGAAUUCCUGAAAUUACUGAAGCCAGGAACAUUGAACUUGGACCAGGGCUACAGGAUUUCAGGAAGGUUAAGGGCGUUUGCCCCACUGCUUAUCUUCUGAUUUACCAUUUCGUUGGCCAUUGGAUUACAACUUUUGUUUCUUGCACCCAUCAAAAUAUAAGUUCAAACAUCCUCGGUUUAGCUACAAACGGCUGGAGAAUGUUGGGCAAAAGAUCCAGGAUCUUGUAAUGGCUGAGAGAUUGCCGAUGAAGCAUCUAGAUGCACCUGGAAAGUGGCUGUAAGAGAGGCACAGGCGACUUCUCAUGAACAAAUUCUGCGUUAAGGUAUUUAAGGGAGAAACGUCUUCAUGGCUUUAUCGUCUAUUCAGAGCAAGCUGAAGUGGCAUUCGAGCACAACCGCACUCUAAGAAACCUUGCCACGACUGCCGUUCAACAAGCAAUCCACGGCCUUGCAUACACCGUCUACGGAAAGGCAGAGGUCAGGCGCCUCAUGUUCGAGGUCUUUGAUUUCGAACAAAUCCAACCAAAACCC